CAACAGAAAAGGUUCAACGCACUGAAUAAGCAGUCACUCCAGGCGUCACGUUGUUAUCCAUCACAUCUAUUUUUUUUCCAGGACAAGUAAAUGUGAGCAGUGUGCACAUAUUGACAGAUGAGAAUAUUUGGAACAAAAGCCUUGUGAGACAAGCUGAUUGAUUUUUGUGGGUGGAUUUCAGUUUGUUGGCCAACGGUCUGCUGGACAAACAAGAGUUGCCAUGGAAACUAUUUUGCUCUUCCUCUCUUCACUCCUGGUGUGUGUGGCUGCUGUAGCAGACCCCAGUGCACAGGAUGGCAAGGAGAAAGAUGAAAACCCAUUUGUUUAUGACUACGAGAGCCUGAGGAUUGGAGGAUUGGCAUUGGCCGUGGUGCUGUUCACGCUUGGCAUUCUCCUCAUCCUUAGUCGACGGUGCCGCUGCAGUAUCAACCAGAAGCCCAGGGCACCAGGAGACGAGGAGAAACAGGAGGAGAACCUGAUUGUCCCCAUGGCUGCAGUGGUUGCAGAGACUGCAGCAGAGAACUGAGGCAACUCCACCGGACCAGACUGCCUUCUGAAAUGAAGAUCAAUUUUAUUUGAUAUUUUACGCGAUUAUACCAGUUGAGAAAUAGCUGAUUAUUAUUACUGGUUAUAUGACAGGGUAAGAGGGAGGUAUACGUUUAUAGGUGUAAUAUGUACAUAAAUCUUGUGCCCUGAAGACAAACCUUUAGCCUGUUGUGCUCUGUUGUGAUUGUGCCAGUCCCUCAGUGCUCUUGUUCGUUCCUGUGCCUUUCUGUAACAGUCUCUCACUCCCAUUCUUUGUCUUAGCUAGUAGCACCUUUGACACGAGAUUGUCUUUGAAGCCCCAGAGGAAUUUUUAAUGUUGUGUGGUCUGCUGUUCUUCGUUUUGUACUUAUAUCUAUUGCCUUUAGGUUUUAGGAUUUGUUGUUUAUUUUGUCAAAUGUCCUGGAUAAUGUUUGUCACAUUUGGAUUAUAACACAUAUGCAUAUAUACUGUAUACAUAUAUAAGUAAAAAAUACUCACAGUUUACAGAUAAGAUAUACAGUUAAAUAUUCUUCAUUUAGGUCUACGUUUGAAUGAUUGAGCGUGUUUGCGUGCACACGUUGGUAUAUAUGUGCGUGCAUAUUCUAUACGUUUGUAUGAUUGUGUGUAUAUCACAAGUGCAUGUGUAUCUGUACAUGUAAAUGUGAUUAGCCUUAUAUAAGACAAUCUCUACUGCCACAGCUCUCUGACUGAGCACAGGAAUGAUUUGCAGGUAUCUGCAUGAGCUCCUCCACCGCAGUAUUUUACCAUCUAUAGUGGAGGGAGCUCCUGCAUCAGCUGUCUCACUGCCUUCUUCUCCACACAUUCACUCCACUCCUCUGUCACCGGCUCUGCCAGGAUUAACUAGUCUCUGGCAGACUGUGAUUAGUUUCCCCGCACACACUCACUGCAAAUCUAUUAAGCCUGGGUCUCUUUCUUUUCUCUUUCUUGUUUCUUUAUUAAAUUGCUUAGUCAGUCUCUUGAAUGUAAUGAUGCUUUCAAUGGCCAUAUAUGUAGUACAUUUCUGAACAGGAGAGACAAAGUUUGAGUGCUGUUGAGUUUGAGAGAACUAAAUUGAUAUUAUUUCUGUGCUAGACUACAUUAAUAGUAGCCUAAUGUAAGCCAAAUCACAGCAAGAGAACAAAAUGAACAUGACCUUGCUGUGAAUCUCCUGUCAGGUCAGGCUUUCACCAGUCUCAAGUCUGAAUAUACCGGUUUUAAACAUGACUGCUGUACAAUUAAACGCUAUGUUCAUUCUACGCAUGAGGCUUGUUGUGUAGCGACCUGUUGUGCUUUUGGCAUAAAUAAAUAAAAGUAUGUCUAACCACACAUA